UUAGCCGCAGGUAGGAUUGGAUUGGCUCGCUUGUAGUUAUAGGCCAGCGCUGGCCCAAGUUGUCACCUUAUAAGGGUCGUGUCCUUCAAGAGAGAGAGAGAGGCGAAUUGUGUUUCGCUGCACCUUUCUUAGAGCCGCGACAAUGUUACGAUCGUUUCUAGGGUCAUCAAUUGUUCCUCUACUCGCGCUGAGUAGCGCUUUGUUUGCGCCGUCGUCAUGGGCAUCACCGGUGGCACGGCAAUCUGCCAGUUGGCCAUAUGGUCCGUUUCAGGUGUCGGGUGCAGAGAUGAAGGACUCGCGUGGUGAGACUAUUGUAUAUGCGGGCACAAAUUGGCCGGGCCACGGCGAAGUUAUGAUCCCUGACGGGCUACAAUAUCAGUCGAUUGAGACCAUCGUGUCCAAAAUCAAGAGCCUAGGAAUGAAUGCGAUCCGUCUGACAUAUGCCAUUCAGAUGGUCGAUCAGUAUUAUGCGAAUGGCAACAGAGAUACCACGGUGCAGCAAUCAUUCAACAGCGCCCUCGGUUCAACCAAUGGUCCGAAGGUGUAUGCCAAGUUCCUUGCUAAUAACCCAUCCUUUAAUACAAGCACGACGCGACUCGACGUGUUCGAUGCUGUGGCUGCAGAAUGCGCCAAGCAGCAGAUCCACGUCCACCUAGACAAUCAUAUGUCAAGAGCGGCCUGGUGCUGUUCGACAACAGAUGGCAAUUCCUGGUUCGGCGAUAGCGACUAUAAUGUGUCAAAUUGGGUGCGAGGGCUCACUUUCAUGGCAAACCAUGCAAAGUCAUGGACAGCGCUGACAUCGAUGUCCCUGCGCAAUGAGCUACGCUCGCCCGACAACAACCCCACGCUCAAGUCGCAGUCAUACAACUGGCGCGACUGGUACACGUAUGUGAGGCAGGGUAGCAGCGCGAUUCACAGCGCAAACCCCGACAUCCUCAUAUUCCUAUCAGGUCUUGACUUCGACACGUGGAUAACGCCUGUAUUCCAGGGGACGGCGAUGACACCAGGGACGGCCAAAUACAGCGCCUCGGACUUCCCUGGAUACGCUAACAAGCUUGUUCUCGAGGUGCACAACUAUAAUAAUGACGCGACGAGCUGCUCGAGCCUGCAGAGCUCGCUGUAUAACAACGGAUUUCAGGCCAUGCACAAGGAAGACUCCAAAACGGUCAACGUGUUCCCAGUGGUGCUCAGCGAAUUCGGGUUCGCGCAGACGAAUACGGAGUGGAAGCGCGUGUAUGCUACAUGCAUCGCAAGCUAUCUGGCGCAGCAAAAGGCUGGAUGGUUCAUCUGGGUGGUAAGUGGUAGCUAUUACAUCCGAUCUGGCAGGCAGGACUAUGAAGAGGCCUGGGGCUUGUUGUCGCAUGACUGGUCGACGUGGCGAUCACAGUCGUAUAUCGACGGUGGCUUGAAGCCUCUCAUCAAGAAUACGGCCAAGAAUUAGACAAUAUCCCAUUCACCAACUCCUGCGAAGUGGUAUCGUGGAAAACAUUCAAGCAAGCAGGCU